AUGGAAAAUUUCGGACAUAAAGAUAGGAUUCACAAGACAAACAAGAAAAGAGGAACAUCACGUGUUAAGAAAACACCGAAACUUUCGAAUCAAAAAAGUAUUUCGCAAAUUGAUCAAAAUCUUCAAAAUCUUCACAAUUCGAUUUCAAAUCCUUUAAUCAAUGCAACAAACGAUUUUUCAUUAUACGAUUCAGACCAUGUCGCUAUGAAUUUCCCUAUCAAUGCCGGUUUUCUUCAAAAUGGGUUUGGAUGUUUAUAUUUUCCUUUUAUAUUAGGAAACACUUUACUCGAUCACACG